GUUUUGUCUCACUUUCUGGCUGUUUUUUUUUUUUUUUUUUUUCAAAAUCUUUUGAGGGAUUUUUCAGCAUCUGAAGAAUGCUCACCAACACCCAUUUCAGGAAUUUCAUUUCUCUUUGAUUUUUGUUCUCUUUUAUUUUCAUUUCUGGAUUGUUGGUUUCGUCUGCAAUAUUGGAUUUGAGCAAAAUUUCAAUCCAAAACCAAUUAAUCUCCAAUCGAUUUUCUGUAGAAUUCCAAUCAAAACCAAGAAACCCAAUUCACAAAACCGCCGGUUCUCCAGCCCGGCGGUGUUUCUUCAUUCUGUGAUCGAAAUCCAACAGACCCAUUUCAGGCCCUACCAUUUUUCUGAAGAAUUCCAAGUCAAAAUUAAAAAACACCCAUUUCGGGAAACGCCGGUUCUCGAUCUGGGCUGCUGUCGAUUUCUGUGAAUUCCGUGUGAGAAGAAAGCAUGGGCGAGGAGGAUGAGAACAUUCAUCUCCAGGGUGACAGCUCGUCGGAGAAUAAGCCGAAGAGCAGAAACUUCAAUUUCUUUUGGGUGCCUCUUAAUUGGUUUAGGAUGCUCUGCAAUGAGAUGCAUUGGAGUUCUGUCUUUGGGAUCUUCGUCAUCUAUGGCGUCAGUCAGGGGACUGGUGGGGCCCUCGGCCGGGUCGCUUCGGAUUACUAUUGGAAGGAUGUACAGAAGGUCCAGCCAUCUGAAUCCCAGGUUUAUCAGGGAAUAACUGGCAUUCCUUGGAUUGUGAAGCCUCUAUGGGGCCUACUCACCGACGUUCUUCCUAUUGCAGGCUACCGCCGGCGGCCGUAUUUCAUUCUAGCAGGUCUUCUAGGUGCGACCUCCAUGCUUGUGUUGUCACUGCACCAUAAUUUGCAUGUCGUGUUUGCCUUGCUGGCUAUGACUGGGGGAAGUGCGGGAGUAGCAAUAUCAGAUGUGACUAUUGAUGCAUGUGCGGCAGAACACAGUAUAAAUCAGCCUACUAUUGCCGCUGACAUCCAAACCUUGUGUGGAUUCAGUUCCUCCAUUGGGGCGCUUUUGGGAUUUUCGAUCAGCGGUUGGCUUGUUCACCUAAUGGGCUCUCAGGGUGUGUUCGGCUUGAUGAGUGUCCCAGCUGGAUUGAUAUUUUUGGUUGGAAUUUUGCUAAAUGAGCCCCACGUCCCUAACUUUGACUACGGACAGGUGUGUCAGAAGUUGCGCGAUGCCAAUCAGACUAUGUGGACUACACUAAAAUGCCCAGAUGUGUGGAGGCCAUGUUUUUAUAUGUAUAUAUCACUUGCGCUAAGCUUGAAUAUCCAUGAAGGGAUGUUCUAUUGGUACACAGACCCGAAAGCAGGUCCAGCUUUCUCUCAGGAGAAAGUUGGUUUCAUAUUCUCCAUUGGAUCUGUGGGUUCCCUUCUUGGGGUGGUGCUCUACCAAAAUCUCUUGAAGGACUACCCGUUCCGCGACUUGCUUUUCUGGACCCAGCUGCUUUAUGGGGUCUCAGGAAUGCUGGAUUUGGUUCUGGUCUUGAGGCUCAACUUGAAGUUGGGCAUGCCCGAUUACUUCUUUGUCGUGAUCGACGAGAGCGUCUCUCAGAUGAUCAGCCGUAUCAAGUGGAUGCCUCUUCUUGUACUUAGUGCCAAGCUCUGCCCAUCUGGCAUUGAAGGCACUUUCUUCGCAUUGCUGAUGUCCAUUGAUAACACGGGCCUUCUCACAUCGUCAUGGGGCGGAGGCCUUCUUCUCCACAUCUUGAAUGUUACACGUACCGAAUUCCAUAAUCUAUGGAUGGCUAUCUUGAUACGCAACAUAAUUAGAUUGCUUCCGCUCGCUCUGCUAUUUUUGGUGCCUAAAAGUGAACCGCAAUUGCCCAUCCUUCAAAUGGAAAUGUUGGAGAUAAGAGAAGGUGAAGAAAUUCACGAAGCUGAUAAUAUCGAACUGGUCGCACUCGUCGACCACAACGUUGAUAGAAGUUAGUGGGAAGCAUUGCUGAAUUCAAACUCAUGGAAGGAUUCUCAAUGGUCUUUAUCCAAGUCAGUUUUGCUGUGGCCCAUCUACACAUCAGUAACAUAACAGUAGAGAUAGGAUCGAGAAAAGCCAUAGGCGAUCUCAGUGUAAGAUUUGUUCCUCUCGUGUUAGGAACCCAUGUCACAAUUCGUUUACUCGAGAAUUCAUUAAUUUUUACUGAAGAUGAAACAGACAAUUUCAUGAAAGAAAAAUGAUUAUGUAAUUUUAUUCUUGUAUUCUUCCCAACUUAGGCUACUUAUGGAUGUAAAACGAAUUUCAAAUGCAAUAGUUGAGAUGCUACACGAAACUUGUAUUGUCACGAAA